AUGGCUUCAAGCACUGAAUCAUAUAUUUACACAGGACCUUGGGUCAACUGGUCUCAUGGGCUCAUCCGUGGUGCUACCCUCACCCUUCCAAGGGAUUCUGGUGGCCUGCUUAUAGCCUUUCUUGCCCUUUUCGUGGGGUUGGCAGGCAGUUGUUUCUGGUACAUCCUUUGCUAUUUCUUGCACCAAAGCAGAGCCAGUCGGGAAAAGAAAGAUGCAUUGCACCACCAGCAGCAGGCCAUCAUCCGCAAUAACGCCGGCCCCGCCGUGACUGCUUGGGAAUUUCUGCGCCUCGGAUGGUACUGGCGAAGUGCUGCGCAGAACCCUUUCUGGCGAUCACUAUCCUUGGUGGUUCUGGCGUCGCUCAAUCUUUCAGUGUUCGGUGUCGCUAGCAUAUACUCAUCAGAAAUCACCAAGGCUGCCGGCAAUGAGUCGCUGAUACGGGGAUCCACAUGCGGUUUCUGGCUUGCUAGACCCGAUGGUUCAGUAGAAGGAGAAUUUGGUUAUCGGAGCAAAUCUCUCGGUGAUGCCAUUUCUGCCGCGUCCUACGCCAGAGCUUGCUACAAUAACACUCGACACAUACUGGAAUGCAAUCAGACCGUCAAUGCAAAUGCAUCUUGUCCGUUUGCUCCUGGACGAUGUAUGAUGGGCGCCAAUGCAGCUUACGAAAUGGACACUGGCCCUAUCGAUAGUCACCUAGCUCUAGGUAUCAAUGCGCGAGAGAAGGAUAGAAUAACCUAUCGCAAAAGAGUAACUUGUGCCCCCAUCUUCGGGCGGGAUGUGGGGCGUUUAGAGAACGCGACGGACCAAAACAAUGGCUUUCCUGGUGAUCAGAUCUUGCGCUAUUACUUUGGGUCGACCGGAGUUGCCAAUCAUACUUACCAGUACAAUACCCGUUCGCUGGUCGGCAGAUGGGAUUAUAGUCUGUACAAUGUUGAAUCAGGCGACCCUUCAACCGGGCAAGGGUGGCAACCGAUUCCCCAGUUGAGUCGCACUGAUGCACAAGUCUCCCUCUAUUUCCUGAGCGCAAAUGCAAUAGAAUACACUGCUCCGGUUGACGAUCCUUGGUUCUCGGCUCAUGAAGAAGUUCUCUUUGACAAUAUCACUCUUUGGGCCCCAGACAGUGCUGUCCGUGUUCUUGGCUGCAUCGACCAGGACCAAGUCUGCAGCGCCACAGAUUCUAAGCAAUGCACUCCGCUCGGAAUGCUCGCGUACGCAGACCUCAAUGCUCUUAACCUCAACAGUGCGCAGCUGGAGACUGCACGGCGUGUUUUGUUAACCAUCUUGCAUAUAGGCAUUCCGAAGUCUACGGACGGACGUGGCGGGUUGGCUCUCAGAGCCCAAGAAAAGGUCUCUUUGGGUUUUGGACAGCCUCUGCCCAACAACCAAUGGCAAAUCGAAGUCAGCCACUGGAUGGGGAUUAGCAUGGCCAAGCUCCAACAGAGCGUCGUUGAGUGGGCUUCCGGCCCAACCAAUCUCCCAGCCGGCGUUGAAGUCUUUCUGCCAAGCGAUAUUUCAAUUGCCACCUGCCUCAACCAGAAGGUGCGGCACAGUGGAGACCACGUCUCUUUCAGCAUCGUUGGGAUGGUAAUAAUUUUUGUUGUUGGUGGCGCCUUCAUCCUCCUCAGCCUCGUCAUCGACAAAAUCGGCGGCUUCCUUCAGUGGCUGAGUGGCAGAGGCAGGCAUCGUCGACUUCAAUGGAUUGCGAACGAGAAGCUUCAAUUACUGCGACUCGCCUAUGAGGGGGCAGGCAAAGGCGCAUGGUCCGGUGCCAAGGAUAUCGUUCCGCUCACGGAGCCGGGUCAGUUGUUCGGCACCCUGGAGGGGGAGGAUAUGGACGGAAGGAAUCAAAGGGUGGGUCUCAUGACGGCGAGCCAGCAAGGAGGCCACGAAGAAUAUCCACCGGAUCCCAAAUGGAAGAAUGCAGUGUCCCAUGUGGCAGAGGUCUCCCUCUAG